AUGCCGUCCCACCAUGAGCCCUUUGCCGCGCUGGGCCCCGUCGACUGGUCCACCGUGCCCGCCGACGACCUGUCCGCCUUCCUCGCCGACACCUUCGCCUCGGCCCAGACCAUCAUCGACUCGAUCCCCGUCCCCGCCCCCGUCCAGGCCGCCACCGCCGCCCGCCGCGCCCGCGCCCAGACCGACCCGCCCCAGCCCUCCGUCGCCCUCAACGCCGCCAUGGCCGCCCGCCAGUCCGGCGCCUCCAUCAGGACCGCCCAGGACCUCAUGAAGGAGUGGAGGACGUCAAGGUCAACCCCAAGGACAACCCCCUCGCCAUCAACGUCUACAAGCUCGCCGCCAAGGACGGCCGCGGCAGCGUGGUUCGCCCGCCGCAGCAUCCACGACGGCCUGCCUUUUGCCACCUGGAAGCUCGGCCUCGAGCGCGAGUUUGCCGAGAGCAUGAAGGUCCAGACGGGGCCCGGCGGCGGCAGCAUCCGCGGCAUCGGCGCCGACAAGAAGGUCGAGGAUCAUGUUGUCCGCGAGGCGGCAAGGCCGAAGUGA